AUGGAGACUAGCGCACACGAAUUUGAGAUGUGGCGAGACUACAUGGGUUUAGCAUAUACAGUUACUGCCAUGAAAACGGCAUCUGGACCUCCUCGAAUGGAUGGAGAAGGCGAUGUGCGUCGGAAAGGAUCUGAUGUUGGAGAGGGUGAACAACCGAUGGUACCCCGUCGAAGUGGGAUUCCUACACUCCUCGCCGACCCGCCGACCUCUGCCCCUCGGGGCGGAGAACGUGCCAUGUCAACGCGUCAAGGCGCACGCGUUCCUAAGGAGCGAAAGAGAACCACCCGUCGCCUCGCGACUCCAGAAGCACAAUCUCUCCCAUCUGCAAAAAUGUUUUGCAGUUUCUGCAAACAUAACGGUGAGUCGGAGGCUGUGUUCACUUCUCACUGGUUGAAGGACCAGCGCGGUGAAGUCGUCUGCCCGUAUCUACGGCGCUAUGUCUGCCCUCUGUGCGGAGCUACCGGAGCCCAAGCGCACACCAAAAGGUUUUGCCCACUGGUCGACAGCGCCUACACUUCAGUGUACACCAGGUCUCCGCGUUAA